AUGCCACCCAAACAAUCCACGUCCGCCCCUCGAGGCCGACCCUCCUCGAAAGCAAACGCACCAGCAGGCAAGCCGAGAGUCACAGGCAAACAGCGCCCCCAACAGAGACAACAGGAGGAAUCGUUCACCGCCGCGGAGGACGCCGACGCGAACGACUUUGCCGACGACGCAGAGGAAGAGGACGAGGACGAGGGCCAGCCGAAGACGAUCCCGCCGGAGCUGCUCACGCGCAUCCUGCAUGAGUUCUUCGAGAACGACGGCACGCGCAUAACAAAGGACGCGAAUGGAGCCGUCGCUAGGUACAUGGACAUUUUCGUGCGGGAGGCGAUUGCGCGGGCUGCUGUCGAGCGGGACAGCGGGUUUCUAGAGGUUGAGGACCUCGAGAAGGUCGCGCCGCAGCUUCUGCUUGAUCUCUGA